AAAAAUUUAAUGAUGAGUGGGAGGAAAAUGAAGAAAAAAACUUAUUUUUUACCGCUAUAACCCGACCUAAAAUGGGACUAUACAUAACUACUAGUUCCGAGCAAGAAUGUUCCGAUUUUAUUAAUCCGGCUAAUUUGGAUCGUAAUUUGGUGGAGUUUAUUGACAAGAGUUAA